CAAAAUGGCUGCUGCUGCCUUAAUAAGGAGCACACGGUGCAAUACAUGUCGUCGAUAUCUGCUCCAGUCUUUCACCCGAGUUGUAGGUCUAACCGCUCAGAACUCGCGAUUGCCGAACGAGCCCCAAAGAAGACAAUUUUUUACUACUCCCUAUUUGAACAUCAAAUCAUCCCAUCGUCAUUUAUCCGAUCGAGAUGCUUCGGCUGCAUCUAAUAAUGAAUACUUCAUAACGAAUGAAUCUGCGAAUUCAUCUCAAGCUGUGCCAUGGUAUUUGCAGGUGGAACCAGUCAUUGAGCCUACUCAUCCCGCAGUAAGACAGCAGGAGAUUCCAGCUGUUCCUGCAAAUGCACCCCCGAUCACGCAAGAAAUACUGCAACAUCUCUCACUCGAAAUCGGUUUGGAUGACAUGGUCCUACUGGAUCUACGAGGAAGAGAUCCCCCACCAGCCUUAGGAGGCAAUGUUAUUAUGGUCAUUGGAACCGCCCGAAGCUUAAAACAUCUGAAUGUGUCUGCAGACCGCUUUUGUCGAUGGCUAAGAUCCACAUAUAAACUUCGACCGUACGCUGAUGGCUUACUUGGACGUAACGAACUGAAAAUCAAACUGAGACGCAAAGCGCGCCGUGCCCGUCUUGCGAGCAGUUCUGGGACAAUUUCGGAUACAUCAGAUGACGGGAUUACUACGGGUUGGAUAUGUGUGAACGUUGGUAGUGUGGAUGACCCAAGUGUCGUUCAGAAUAUGAGAGAAGGCGGCUUUGAAGGAUUUGGCAAAGUCCAGGGAGGUACAAGGAUUGUCGUUCAGAUGUUCACGGAAGAUAAGAGGGCGGAUGUUGAUUUGGAACAACUCUGGGCCCCCAAGGAUAACGUCAAAGCCGGGGAUUCCGAAGAAAAUCAUUCAUACUCGACUGGAGGAGAUUAUCAGGUGCGUUCAAUGCCGCCUAUAACCAGCGAAAACAACUCUAACCACCCGAUUUCCAAUGUACCAAGACCAUUGCGUCGCGUCGAUCUUAGUCAGAGACGAAGUUUCUCUACUGGUGCGGGACAGCAUUCAGCUCGAACGGACGUGGACCCAGAGUCCGGCUAUGAGGUGGUAGACGCAAAGAAUGAGUCAAGUCGCCAGGAACCUCCCCUUUCUGCAAUAUUCUCGACUCUCAAGGAAAUGUCACCAGAAGAAACCAUUGAACAGCUAGGGAGUGGUCCGGAAGACAAGAAUUCAACCGAGUUUUUGCGAGAUUGUUAUUCAUCAGUGGGGACUAGCCACAAUGGUAAUUCUGCAUUGCGUUUGAUGCUCGGUGCUGCCGGGGUAUCUGCUCAACAUCCAGGCUACACGAAAGAAUACUUGUGGACGUUGUUUUUGGAGCAGACUGCUUCAGGGUACAGAAUAAGUGAACCCUUAGGAUUUGAGAUAGCGUCUGCGUUCCUCGUUCCACGCCGCCUGGAUGCAAAGGAACAGGGGAGGACGGCCUCAGAAUUUGUCGAUUUCGAUAUUGAAUCCGCAAUGCGUGUUAUGGAUAAUCUAUCUCUCAAUGGAGAAACAAUAAUCAGGAAACAUCGCGUUUACAAUAUGAUGUACGAAGCUUUAAUCCUGGGGUUACGCAACGAGAGACUUGAUGAUGUCCGGCUAAAAGCUCUGCGGAUACGAACAUUGAUGACUGAGAUUGGGCUUGACUGGCAAAGCGAAGAUACUCGAGAGACCAUGCAGCUAAGAUUGCUUCUUGGCGAUGUAGACGGUUUUUAUGAGAUCUGGCAUGCUAUUGCCUUCAAUGAAGGCUCAAGAACGGCUGAUGAUUAUGAAUUACUGUUCCGAGUCCACGCCGAGGCUGGAAACCCGGUCUACGCACGAGAAUGUCUGGGUGUUUGGAUCUCGAUGAUGGGAAGAGAGGAUCCUCCAGUCCUGCCGAGCGCUAGUAUUAUCUCCGCCAUAGCAAGAUGUGCGCAUGUUGCAGGCCAUGAUGCUGACACAUUUCGUUUAUUGUCCGCUUCAGAUGAGUGGCGGGAGGUAGAACGGCUCAUUCUAAGUGACCUGAGAACACUAGAGCAGUUGACUUAACUGUAUUAUAUUAGGCUGUAUAGUCCGUAUGCUAUAUUUUGACUCCAGGAGUAUCAUACUGGUACUUCUAGCGAUC